ACUUUAUGUCUCCCCAGAUACUAGUUUGUUUGCGGGUGGGGUGGGGUGGAUAGCUCUACCUCUGUAAGAGUUCUAGGUUGAGGCAGUGGUGGGGGCUCAGCCCCUCGGAGCCUGUGAGUCAGCACUGUCUUUGGGAUUGGUCUUUCCCCUAACUCCCCGCCUCAGGGGAGGAGCCAGGCAGCUGUAGGUCCAGCCUGUUCUUCUCUCAGCCAGAGAAGAGGCCCCAGGCUGGGCGGGGAUGGGGAUUGAAACUGCCUGGGUCUGAGCUGGGGACGCCAGAGGAGUUGGAGACACUCGUCCCUCUUCCUUCCCAGGACCCUUGAGAUCCCUGGACCAUAAAGAGCUAAUCAAGCUAAGGGCCUGGGGAUGCCCCCUGCCUGGCCCCCUUGCCCUGACUGGCAGGGGGGCCAGGCUGGGCAGCAGCCUCCCUCUCACUCCAGCCAUGGAUCUCCUGCCCCCCAAGCCCAAGUACAAUCCACUUCGGAAUGAGUCUCUGUCAUCGCUCGAAGAGGGGGCUUCGGGGUCCACCCCACCGGAGGAACUGCCUUCCCCAUCAGCCUCUUCCCUGGGGCCCAUCCUGCCACCUCUGCCUGGCGACGAUAGUCCCACUACCCUGUGCUCCUUCUUCCCCCGGAUGAGCAACCUGAAGCUGGCCAACCCGGCCGGGGGGCGCCCGGGGCCAAAAGGGGAGCCAGGCAGGGCUGUGGAGGAUGGGGAGGGGACUAUAGGGGCAGCCAUGCCAGACUCAGGCCCCCUGCCCCUCCUCCAGGACAUGAACAAGCUGAGUGGAGGCGGCGGGCGCAGGACUCGGGUGGAAGGGGGCCAGCUGGGGGGCGAGGAGUGGACCCGCCACGGGAGCUUUGUCAAUAAGCCCACGAGGGGCUGGCUGCAUCCUAACGACAAAGUCAUGGGACCUGGGGUUUCCUACUUGGUUCGGUACAUGGGCUGUGUGGAGGUCCUGCAGUCAAUGCGUGCCCUAGACUUCAACACCCGAACUCAAGUCACCAGGGAGGCCAUCAGUCUGGUGUGUGAGGCUGUGCCAGGUGCUAAGGGGGCUACAAGAAGGAGAAAGCCCUGUAGCCGCCCACUCAGUUCCAUUCUGGGGAGGAGUAACCUGAAAUUUGCUGGAAUGCCAAUCACUCUCACCGUCUCCACCAGCAGCCUCAACCUCAUGGCCGCAGACUGCAAACAGAUCAUUGCCAACCACCAUAUGCAGUCUAUCUCAUUUGCAUCCGGCGGGGAUCCGGACACCGCUGAGUAUGUCGCCUAUGUUGCCAAAGACCCGGUGAAUCAGAGAGCCUGCCACAUCCUGGAGUGUCCCGAAGGGCUUGCUCAGGACGUCAUCAGCACCAUUGGCCAGGCCUUUGAGUUACGAUUCAAACAAUACCUCAGGAACCCACCCAAGCUGGUCACCCCCCACGACAGGAUGGCUGGCUUUGAUGGCUCAGCCUGGGAUGAGGAGGAGGAAGAGCCACCUGACCAUCAGUACUAUAAUGACUUCCCAGGGAAGGAACCCCCUCUUGGGGGGGUGGUGGACAUGAGGCUUCGGGAAGGAGCCCCCCCAGGGCCUGCUCGACCCACUCUGCCCAGUACCCAGACCCCCAGCCACCUGGGAGCUACACUGCCUGUGGGGCAGCCUGUGGGGCCAGACCCAGAAGUCCAUAAGCAGAUGCCACCUCUGCCACCCUGCCCAGGCAGAGAGCUCUUUGAUGAUCCUUCCUACGUCAACGUCCAGAACCUGGACAAGGUCCGACAAGCAGGGGGUGGGACUGGACCCCCCAACCUUGCUGUCAAUGGCAGUGCGCCUCGAGACCUCUUUGACAUGAAGCCCUUCGAAGAUGCCCUUCGGGUGCCUCCACCUCCCCAGUCAGUGGCCAUGGCUGAGCAGCUCCGAGGGGAGCCCUGGUUCCACGGAAAGCUGAGCCGGCGGGAGGCUGAAGCCCUGCUGCAGCUCAACGGGGACUUCCUGGUGCGGGAAAGCACGACUACACCUGGCCAGUAUGUGCUCACUGGCUUGCAGAGCGGGCAGCCCAAGCACCUGCUACUGGUGGACCCUGAGGGUGUGGUUCGGACAAAAGAUCACCGCUUCGAGAGUGUCAGUCACCUCAUCAGUUACCACAUGGACAAUCACUUGCCCAUCAUCUCUGCGGGCAGCGAACUGUGUCUACAGCAACCUGUGGAGCGAAAAUUGUGAUCUGUCCCAGGUGCUUUUCAGAAGACACCCUUCAGCCCCUUCCACUGUUCCUCUCAGGGCCUCACUCUGGAGUGUCCUGUGGGCUUGGCCUCGUGCAGGAGCUGGGGCGGUGUGGACACUGGGUUUGGUGCCCAGCUCAGGGAGAAAGUAUGAGUCAGGAGCCUGGGGGAGAAUCCUACUUGUCCCCAAACCUCACCAAAGUAUUAACCUAGAGUGGCCCCCUUCCCAGGGCCUUUCCUGUGCCAACCCGAUACCCUCUUCCUCAGGAAGGUGGGUGCUCAAGGCCCGGGCAGUGUGCCUCGGUGGGAAGUGGCCUGUGGUGUUAGGCAGUCACCCUUCCAGGAACAGGGAGCAAAUCACAUUUGUGGUCCACCCCUGGGCUCAGGGUACUCCAGCCCAUCUCAACAGCUCUCCCUUCCCAGUGUUGAAACUUUGUGCCUUUGACCAUCUCCUAGUUAAGAUACUGUAUUUUAUGCAGAGUUCUCGGGCCCCUGAGGUCAAGGAUAGGGGUGCUGACACCUUGGCUUCUGGGACCUGUCCUCUCCUUGUUCAGCACCCUCUCCUCUGGGGAGAACAGAGGCCCCAGGUGGCAGCUGUUCCCUCUCCCUGGGCAUAUGCCACCUUUACAGAUUUCCUCAGAGCCCCCCUCCCAGCUGGGGGGAGAUGGACUCCUUCUUUGUUCAGUGCCUCCUGGCGGAGCUCCUGACUCCAGGGGUCUGUAUAUACAUGCCCCUCAUCCCUAGCCCUUCCGUGUUGCAUGCGUGUUGUGUUCUACCGCCAAAGUGUCGCCCUUCCUCCUGGGUCCUGCACCCUGCCGCCCUGUGCUAGGGCGGUGGGGGUGUGACAGAAUUGGGGCCUCCCGGACUGUUAGCUCUCCCAGAUGGAUUUGGUGGAGGCAGGACUGGGCGCCGAGACUCAAAAGCAGUAGACAAUCCCCAAGUACUGCCUACAGAUUUGUAACUGCAUUUAUUUUUUAUUUUAUGCAUAUAUUUUAGGGUUGUAUAUAUACUUUCCUAAUUUGUUCCCCACGGCUUAUUCUUGAGCACAAAAUGAUGGUAAUAGAUUACGUUUAUACAUUCACCUCUUCGACUUCAAAGCCCUUUCACAACAGUUGGCUUUUCUCUCACCCCUGCCUGGGAGGCAGCGGGCCCCUGGGAGGCAGCGGGCCGGGUCGUUCUCUUUUCUGUGAGCCCCAGGUCAGAAGUCCGCUGUGGGGCGGACAGGGCGGGAAGCACUUGGGCCCCUUACCGAAUGGCGGGCAGGGGGCAGUCCGGCCGACCGUCAGUUUCACCGUUUCUCUGGUGGGCUGAGGGCGGGGAACCUAAAACCCGCAGUUACCCAGUCGAGUCUGGAGCAGCCACAAUGACGUGGAAGCCGGCCGGGCCCCGUCUCUAGGGGAGACUGUACUGAAUCCGCCUCCUUUUUGUUGUUUGGAUGAUUUCACGGGUCUCACUUAUACCAAAGGGAAAGAAAUCUUCAUUAAAAUACAUUUCUUACACCUCA